AUGAGAAAAUCUGGUGUACGACAGACUGAUGCGGUGUACCACUUGAAAGAUGUUGUUCUUGAAGGAGGAAUUGCAUUCAACAAGGCCUAUGGAAUGACUACUUUUGAGUACCAAGGCACUGACCCUAGAUUCAACAAGGUUUUUAACAGGGCAAUGGCUGACCACUCUAGCAUUGCCAUGAAGAAAAUUCUUGAGACCUACAAGGGCUUUGAGGGCCUCACAUCCGUCAUUGAUGUUGGUGGUGGCAUCGACAGUGUUAUUCACAUGAUUGUCUCUAAGUACCCCUCAAUUAAGGGCCUUAACUUCGACUUGCCUCAUGUCAUCAAGGAUGCUCCCCAAUAUCCAUAUAUGUUCUUCGUUUCUGAUAAUUUUUGUUGUUAG